UUUGGGUGUUUGCAAAUAUGCAGAAAGGGACACACUUGUUGUGAGCCCGAACGAAAUCAGACCUCUUCACUAUCGAGAGCGCGAUCCCUAACCAAUACCUACCUAUGAGUUGUGCAACCUUGAUUUAUUCUCAAGCUGUGCCGACUAUUCGCGGCCGAAUCUCCGUCUGCUGUCCAGUUGACCAACGACCCUAGUUCGAGUUCUGGUGGGAACGGCGAUGGGAAUCAUGAAGCUCCUGGCCGCUUUCGAUAAGCCAUUUCGUCAUGGAAAUCCGAUUGGUACCGUCCAAUACCGAGCCCCACGUCCCAUGACGUUCAGCAUGCAGGUACCUCUAAAACCGACAAGGGGUGGGCCUUUUUGCCUUUCCUGGAGGCUGCAAAUGAAACCUUCGCAACUGCCAUACUGCUCUCAUAGAUAAUUGCUUGCUCUCCUUACUCUUCCCCUCGAGAUCAAAGUGCCACGCAACGCAGACCUAGCGGAUUCCGAAAAGAUGGCUUCUUUACCACGAACUCUUCCUGCAUCUUGGUACUGCAGCUCGCCUUUAUAUCAGCUGGAGCGAAAGGCUGUCUUCUUGAAGGGAUGGUAUCUCCUCGGGCCUGUGACCAAAUUCCAACUGGGUGAGAAGGUGGGCUAUGAGGUUGCCCAAGUUUCGUUGGUUGCAUGUCGAAUGUCUGAAGAACUGAGAGACAUUAAAGUCUUUGAUGAGAAUACGGGCUCUGAGUUCAAGUCUUACAUCACUGAGACUGGUCUUGUAUUUUCGACUAUCUCGGAUAAUGCCCCCUCUUUCGAUGACUUCUUUCCGGAUCUCAAGCCUCUUAUUGGCAGGGUUGAUUUCACAAAGCUUCCAUACCGUCGUAGUGUAAAGUACGAAGGUAAAUUCAACUGGAAGACCAUGGUUGAUGGAUAUCAAGAAUGCCUGCAUUGCCAAUACACGCAUCCUUCAUUCUCAGUCUACUACCCCCCAACAUUCUAUACGGUCUAUAACCACAAGAACUUCUCCCAGCAUGUUGCAGAUCCGAAGAAGGCCGACGAUGGCCUCUUUCUCUAUUUCUUCCCGAACUGUACCCUGAAUGUGUAUGGUGGCGGGAUGUCUUCAUUCCGCGUCUGCCCAACUGAUAAACCUGGGAUUACCCGAAUGGAGUUCGAUUACUAUCACCAGUCCUCGGGCGAGAAAUUUGAGGAAUAUUUCAAAUUCGUCCGCCAAGUAGCCAUGGAGGAUUUCGAGCUUUGUGAGAAGGCCCAAGAGAACUUGGAGAAGGGCGUCUACUCUGAGGGAAUCUUGAACCCAGAGAAAGAGACGGGGGUCGCUUACUAUCAACAACGCGUUCUAGAGCUGGUCUGCGCCCAACAUGAGACGGAAAAGGAACCAGAACCCCGAAAUGCCUACGGAUACAGCAGCCGCAACGACGUGGUUGCAUCGCAGCUAGUCGAUCCUGCAUCAUCGUAAGCAUGGCCAUGAAGCCAUAGCGCCUUCUUCCGUGCAGGUAAUGUCGAUGAGGACGGAUGGGGAAGUCUAUCUACUGUCAGGUGGUACCUGAGGAUUUUGAAGCUUUCUAGUCGUUCACUUGUCGGUGUUCUUUAUCUUCCUUUCACCUUGCUCUGCAUGAAGCUCCUCAUGACCAACCAAUCACAUGCCCGGACGGGACAAGUUGCCCC